AUGGGGUUAGUCCUUCAAGCCCAUGCAGCAAUCUUUAUCUUGGGCAACCUGGUGGCUUCUCAACCACUUGCACAAAGUUUGAAAGAAACCAUCAAAAUCACAGCAGUCAAUUUCAAUGGUGAACAGAUGCAGAUCACAUGGGCAGCUAAAGACUAUUUCCCUGACAGGACUGUGACUUUUUUUUACAGAUUUGGCACAGCUCUUCAAAACAGAGCUUGGAAGCAAUGCCCCAACUAUAUACUUGACCAAGGUUACAAUUCUGGCUGUCUCUUUAAGACAGAGGGACCCACUCUUACCAUCUCUUUUAAGGAUAAGAAUGGAAGUGAAGAGCUUUUCAAUUAUACGCUAAAAUCUGAUUUCUUUAUAAAACCCAAUCCGCCUGAAAAUGUAACCUUCCAUUGGAAAGGAGAUACAGUUACUAUAGAAUGUAAUAAACCAAAAACACCAGCAAGGUGCUUGGAGCUUGAACUUCAGUAUAAAAGCAAGUAUGACAAAGAAUGGCAGUCUAGAAAAUCUGCAUGUUGCAAAGUUGAAGAGCAAGGGUUUGAUCCUGAAAAGUGCUACUCCUUCCGAGUCAGAUUGGAAAGAACAUCCAUUUGCAAUAGAAUUCCUUAUGCCAGUGAAUGGGCAGAGGUAACAGUUUGGAGAAAUGGCAGCUUACUAGAUUCAUGUGCUGAUGAUAUAAAGCCUCUGUCAGACAAUGUGAUCCUUUUAAUUUCUGUGCUGGCAGUCCUUCUAGUAAUAUUCCUCCUUCAGAUUUUUGUGUGCAAAUGCCAAAGAUUUCAGAAGUCAGUCAUGCCUGUUAUACCAGACCCAAAGCAUAUAUUUUCUGAUCUCUUUAAUGAUCAUAAUGGAAACUUCCAGGAAUGGAUUGACAAAACUGACAAUGCAAUGGGCCAAACCAAGAUGGAAUGUGUAGAACAUGAGUGCAUCAUUGAGGAGAGAACUGAGCAGGAAGAUGAGAAGGAAGCUAGUGAAAAGCUUUGUGAAUUGUCAAACAUGAAUGAAAGAGAUUAUCUGAGUUCUGCUCAUAACACUUGCCUGCCACCACCAGCCAGUGAUACAGUUUCUUUCAGGAGUUUUAAGUUUUGUAUGAAUGAAGACAUGUAUGUCAUCUUAUGA